GUAGCCGUAGUUGCUGUGGCGAUGAUGAUGUCGCCAGUUUCGUACACUCUGCGCUGAACGUUCGUUGGCGGCGGUUCACGCAUCGCGGUCCGCAGCUGUUUUUCCCCGAGUAUCCAAGUUCCCGAGUGGUUCGGAAUAUCGCCUAUAUAUAUAGUAUCGCGGAAAUACUAGACUCUCUAAGAGCCCCGAUUUUUCAGACCGGUGCCAGUGGAUAUAUCUGCACGCAGUCGAGUUUUUCGGUGACACUGGAUAUACUCCGGUGGCUUUGUUUUAAUUUUCCUCCAUUUCGUGGCCUGGCGGAGCGUGAGCAUCGCCAGCAAUUCAGCAUUUAAGAUUCGAGGCCAACAGCAAUUCCAUCCGCAGGUCGAGAUGCCGACCAUCCGGCGGUGCUGCAUCAUCGGCUGUCUGUCCAACUCGCGCCAGCAUCCCAGCAUGCAGUUCUUCGCGUUCCCCCGCCCGGAGAACCCCUUCCACAAGCUGUGGAAGGAGGCGUGCCACGCCUCGCUGCGCCGGAUAGUGCCCUUCAAGAAGCCGGUGGUGUGUGCCCUGCACUUUGACCCCAGCGUGCUGGGCGGCAGGAGGCUGCAGUCGAACGCACUGCCCACGCUGCGGCUGGAGGUGCCCUCGAACCUGGAGGCCGUGGAGCAGCAGGCGAUGGUGGAGGAGAUCGAGCGGAGCAGGAAGUGCGCCUACAUCAACGCGGUGGUCUACGAGUGGCUGGUCCGAGCCAACAUAAACCCGCAGCUGCGCGGCAGCAUCACCCACGGAAUGAUCAAGGACAAGGCGGAGAACGCGCGCCAGGUGAUCGGGAGCACCUCCUUCAUAGCGGACAACCGCUGGCUAAACCGCUUCCGGGAGACCCACCUGCAGGGCUUCGCCCAGAAGUUGGCCAGCAACCAGCUGAAGCCCCUGGGCUCCUCCCUCUGGAUCCCGGACAUAGUGCAGGACCUGGCGCACCUCUUUCCGCCGGCGAGCGCGGAACGCGUGGCCAAGCUGGAGGAGAUGCCCGAGCAGUACAUGAGCUACAUGCAGCAGUAUGGGGAGUACGAGGAGGACGACGACAGCAUGGACGUCAAGGAGCAGAGCUACCAGGAGCAGCAACAGCAACAGCAGCAGCAGCACUUUGCCCUGCAGCAGCAACACAUGCAGCAGCAGCAGCAACAGCAGAUGGGUCACCCGUGGCCCCCGUUCGCCGGGCAUCCUCCGCCUCCGCAUCCCGGUUUCGCCAACUUCAAUGACUUCUACUUCGAGCGGCACCAGCAGCAAAUGCAGCAGCAACUCCAGCAGCAGCAGAUGCAGCAGCAGGCUCAGUUCCCACCCAGUAUGCCGCCGCAAAGGGAACCCUUUCAGCCCCAACUACCGCCAAAUGUUCCGCCCCAGCGAGCCAGUCCCUUCCAGCCCGUGCAGCUGGCCAAGCGGCCCAAGAUGGAGUCGCCCGACGAUGACGAAGUGCAGGAGAUCAACGCGGCGAUGACCUCGCCUCCCCUGGCGGAGUCCACGUUGACCGGCAAGGACAGCCGGAGUUCCAGCCCCAAGGAGCAGAACAACAACAACAGCAGCAGCGGGGGGAGGGACAGCGCCAGCAGCAAGGAGAACGCCCCCAAGGGAGGCGGUCCGAGUGGCAAGUCCACGCCCGCGCUCUCCGCCAAGGGAAAGGACUCCCCAGCUCCCGCCUCAGCCAAAUCCGCCUCUGCUCCCGCCUCGCCCAAGAAGAUCCCGAACGGAUCGGGGUCAUCGGGCAGCCAAACCAAUGGACACACCUCGCCGGAACCCGAGGAGAGGAAAGCCAUAACCGCGCUCAAGGAGCUGGAGAGCUACCAUCAGGCCUUGGAGUACCUAAAACCGCUGGAGGACUUUGUGCUCUUCAAGGAGAACUUCCGUGCCAUCGGCCUGCUCUCGCAGCUGGAACUGGUGCUCCGCAAAGGGGACAAGGCCACGUUGGUGGAGGGUUGAGGUGGAACAACCACGUUUACAAGCACAAAACAGAAAUGUGAUGAACAGUGUACAUAUGUAUCAAGUAGUAUUAUUAAUUCGUACUACCACUAAACGCGUUGUUUAGGAUUACAAAGAAUCUCUACUCGCAUAAAGCUGAACAAAAUUCAUUAAUUUAUUAAAUACUAUAAGAGCAUUAAAAUGGAAUUUUAAUAAUGA